AUGACUAACUCAAGUAGUGAUCAAUACUUUAUUGCCUGUUCUUUCACAAUGAAAGCCAUGGAGGAUCAAGUAGUCCAAGAAGAACCAGGAUACCAGGAUGAUGAGGAAUCCUUUUUUCAGGAUAUUGACCUGCUACAGAAGCAUGGAAUUAACGUAGCAGAUAUUAAAAAACUGAAGUCAGUUGGGAUCUGCACAAUCAAAGGAAUCCAGAUGACCACAAGACGGGCACUGUGCAAUGUAAAAGGGCUUUCAGAGGCCAAAGUGGACAAGAUUAAAGAAGCCGCAAACAAGCUUAUUGAACCAGGCUUCCUGACCGCCUUUGAGUACAGUGAAAAACGGAGGAUGGUAUUUCAUAUUACUACUGGCAGCCAGGAAUUUGAUAAACUUCUGGGUGGUGGGAUCGAAAGCAUGGCAAUCACUGAGGCCUUUGGAGAGUUCCGGACAGGCAAAACCCAGCUAUCUCACACCCUUUGUGUGACAGCUCAGCUUCCAGGACCAAAUGGCUACACGGGUGGAAAGAUUAUCUUCAUCGAUACUGAAAACACUUUCCGACCAGACCGUCUUCGUGACAUUGCUGAUCGCUUCAGUGUCGACCACGAUGCAGUACUUGACAACGUGCUGUACGCACGUGCAUAUACUAGUGAACAUCAGAUGGAAUUGCUUGACUAUGUAGCAGCCAAGUUCCAUGAGGAAGCUGGUAUCUUCAAGCUAUUGAUCAUUGACUCCAUAAUGGCACUUUUCCGUGUGGAUUUCAGUGGUCGUGGAGAGUUGGCUGAACGACAACAGAAACUCGCUCAGAUGCUGUCAAGGCUCCAAAAAAUAUCAGAAGAAUAUAAUGUGGCCGUGUUUGUGACCAACCAGAUGACUGCUGAUCCAGGAGCAACUAUGACCUUUCAGGCGGACCCAAAAAAGCCCAUUGGGGGCCACAUCCUUGCUCAUGCUUCGACUACCAGGAUUAGUUUGAGGAAAGGGAGAGGGGAGCUGCGUAUUGCAAAGAUAUAUGACAGCCCUGAGAUGCCUGAAAACGAAGCCACAUUUGCAAUAACUGCUGGAGGGAUUGGGGAUGCCAAAGAAUAGGCAGAAAACCCAUGUAAAUGUACAGCUGAAAACCACCCGGGCAGCUGGGAUGAAGAUUUGUGCCUGGCUGCAUUUUUACCUUUUGGGAACCAUUUGAGAUAUUUUGGGUGAACAUUGGGAUGAACUCUACAUGUACAGUUCAGCUUUAUUGAUCUUAGUAGAAUUUGGUUCAUUUAGGGUCUUCAUUUUUCAAUUGAACUUUCAGCAGACCAAGAUUUA